AUGCUAAUAGGAUAUAUGCGAAUAUUCAAAGCUGACGGGAGUCAGGUGCUGGCUCUGCAAAAAGAUGCCCUACUUGCUGCUGGUGUUAACGAUGAUAGAAUUUAUCCUGAUAAUCAGUCAGGUUCAAGGUAUGAUAACGGACCGGGGUUAAUUAAUUACCUUAAAGCUCUUCAACCGGGUAAUACUCUGGUAAUAUGGAAACUUGAUAGAUUAGGCAGGAGCUUAAAGGAUCUAGUCAAUAUCACUCUUGAGUUAAGUGAAAAAAAUAUUGAGCUUAAGGUGCUUACCGGUCAAGGAGCGCAAAUAGACACAACAACCGCCCACGGUAGACUUGUAUUUGGUAUUUUUGCUGCUCUUGCAGAAUUUGAAAGAGAGUUAAUUAGCGAACGGACAAAAGCCGGACUUGCUGCCGCAAGAGCAAGGGGACGCUUGGGUGGCGGGCGGCCAGGAAAAUGGACCUCCCUACCCUUAAAAUGGCGAUGGAGCCAUGAGCGAUAG